GCAGGGGAGGAGCCCCAAAGGGGGAAAAAAGAAAGUGCGGCGGAAAGUAAGAGGCUCGUUGCGGGAAGACUGGCCGGAUCCGGGUCCCCGCGACUCUGCUUUGCCCAAGCGCACCGAAAGACGCGGUGCUGGGCGAUCCUGCACCCAUCCCCGCCGCCUUCGCUGCGCCCGCUCUGCCUCCCAAGAAAGGAUGGGACUUCUGUGGUGUGUAAUGAGUCUCUACUUCUAUGGGAUCCUGCAAAGUGAUGCCUCAGAACGCUGUGAUGACUGGGGACUAGAUACCAUGAGGCAGAUCCAAGUGUAUGAAGAUGAGCCAGCUCGUAUCAAGUGCCCACUCUUUGAACACUUCUUGAAAUAUAACUACAGUACAGCCCAUUCAGCAGGCCUUACUCUGAUCUGGUAUUGGACAAGGCAGGACCGGGACCUUGAGGAGCCGAUUAACUUCCGCCUCCCUGAGAACCGCAUUAGUAAGGAGAAAGAUGUGCUCUGGUUCCGGCCCACACUCCUCAAUGACACAGGCAACUAUACCUGCAUGUUAAGGAACACUACAUAUUGCAGCAAAGUUGCAUUUCCUCUGGAAGUGGUUCAAAAAGAUAGCUGCUUCAAUUCUCCCAUGAAACUUCCAGUGCAUAGAUUAUAUUUAGAAUAUGGUGUUCAGAAGAUCACUUGUCCAAACAUAGAUGGAUUUUUUCCUUCUAGUGUCAAGCCAACCAUCACUUGGUAUAUGGGCUGUUAUAAAGUACACAACUUUAAUAAUGUAAUACCCGAAGGCAUGAACUUGAGUUUUAUCAUAGCCAUGGUUUCAAAUAAUGGAGAUUACACAUGUGUUGUUACAUAUCCAGAAAAUGGACGUACCUUCCAUCUCACCAGGACUCAGACUGUAAAGGUGGUAGGCUCUCCAAACGAUGCAUUGCCUCCCCAUUUCUAUUCACCCACUGAUCUUGUGGUCUACGAGAAAGAACCGGGAGAGGAGCUACUCAUCCCCUGUAAAGUCUUUUUUACUUUCCUGAAGGACUCUCGCAAUGAGGUUUGGUGGACCAUUGAUGGAAAAAAGCCAGAGGACACCAAUAUUGACGUAGCUGUUAAUGAAAGUGUAACUCUGAGUAUGACAGAAGACGAGACAAGAACUCAGCUUCUGAGCGUCAAGAAAGUUACUGCUGAGGAUCUCAAGCGCAACUAUGUCUGUCAUGCCAGAAAUGCCAAAGGGGAGGUUGACAAACCAGCCAAGGUGAAACAGAAAGCUCCAAGGUACACAGUGGAACUGGCAUGUGGUUUUGGAGCCACAGUCCUACUGGUGGUGAUUCUCAUUGUUGUUUACCAUGUUUACUGGCUAGAGAUGGUCCUAUUUUACCGGGCUCAUUUUGGAACGGAUGAAACCAUUUUAGAUGGGAAGGAAUAUGAUAUUUAUGUAUCCUAUGCAAGGAAUGCUGAAGAAGAAGAAUUUGUAUUACUGACCCUCCGUGGAGUCUUGGAGAAUGAAUUUGGAUACAAGCUGUGCAUCUUUGACCGAGACAGUCUACCUGGGGGAAUUGUCACAGAUGAGACCUUGAGCUUCAUUCAGAAAAGCAGACGCCUCCUGGUUGUCCUAAGCCCCAACUACGUGCUCCAGGGAACCCAAGCCCUCCUGGAGCUCAAGGCUGGCCUAGAAAACAUGGCCUCUCGGGGCAACAUCAACGUCAUUUUAGUACAGUACAAAGCUGUGAAGGAGACGAAGGUGAAAGAGCUGAAGAGGGCUAAGACGGUGCUCACAGUCAUUAAAUGGAAAGGGGAGAAGUCCAAGUAUCCGCAGGGCAGAUUUUGGAAGCAGCUGCAGGUGGCCAUGCCAGUGAAGAAAAUUUCCAGGUGGUCUAGAAGUGGCGAGCAGGGUCUCUCCUAUUCAUCCUUGAAAAAUGUAUGAAAGGGCCAAUGAAAGGGGUAAAAAGAUCCAAGGGUACUCCAGGAAGGAAGAAUCCCCCCUUCUUUAUUCCCAAUUUAUUGCUUCAUGGACAGAAAAAAAUUCUAUGGAAGCCUCCCCAUAGAGAUAAAUUCAGGGUGACUGUAGAAAGAGCUGUUCUGCUUCCUCAGGCAAUAGUAAGGCUUAGAACGCUAGUGCCACCGCCUGUCACCAGCGUCUGAUGUUACUAUGUUCUUUGCAGACAAAGACCUGGUUAAUGCGAAUUUCCCCUUCUGCAUCCUCCAUCCCUGCUCCUACUCAUCUCUAUCUUCUCUCUCUCUCUCUCUCUCUCUCUCUCUCUCUCUCUCUUUUGAAAUAAUCUUAACAUUAUGGGGCAGGCUUUGCUGUGGAUUUAAAGACCCCUUAAAGAUGAGUCAUCUGUUAACAGAGUCAUUAUGAGUUUCCAAGUAUAGUUUUCUUUUUCUUUUAUUUUUACUCAUCCAUUAAAAAGAUAAUCAGGGCCUAAAUUUAUUUUAGCUAAGGAUUAAAACUCUUUUGCUCAUCCAGCUGUACCAGACACCCUCCUAGCAAGACUGACACCACUUAGGACGAUACAAAGCAGAGUAACUGAAAAUGUUCCUUAGACAGUAAUUGGUUUAAAGGGCUUGCCUGAAUUGUCUCCUACUAUGCAACCCAUGUCCUCUAUCUCAGGUAAUUGAUAUCAUAUUUGUCAACUUGAAAAAUGUAUAGUAAUUUUUAUUAAACUCCCGAUUAUCUGUAGGUUGACCCAUAUUUAUCAUUCCAUCUCCCUACCUACUGCAUCUUGUGUCAGUCGUUGGGAGUUUGCAGGUGGUUCCUCACUUGGUUCAGUCGGAUAGGAAGCUUCUUUUAAUGGUGCUAAUAUCAAGUAAAAUAACAGGAAAAAGCUUUUAGGGCAUUUUCUGUCUUAUGAGAAAAGCACAGAACAGGGUGUUUGUCAAUUUGUCUUUUAAUCUCAACCUUGCUAAUGUGAAUAUUAGGAAAGUAAUUUCUCAUUUGUUUCUGUCUCCCUAUUGUAAAGUGUGAAAUUUAGACUUAGUGACCUUGAGAGUGCUUUUAGCAUGAAUAUUCUAAGAGCAUUAACUGGACCCCAAGCAUUUUUCAUAUUUUAUUCACUGGUACAGUUAAUACACUCACUCCAAACAAGUCAGUCUGAAUAGUCACUGUUAAUGAAACGUGUUUUAGUUUGUUUUAAGUAAAGUUUUACUGUUCUUAAGACUUGGAAAAGUGAAAACUAAGUCCAGAGUUUACAGAGUGGUGAAUAUCUAUGUUACAUAUAGAGUUUUUAAAAUAUAUGUAUGUAUAUACACACAAGAAUUAUAUAUGUAUAUAUAUUGCAUAUAUAUACACAUGAAUUACAUAUAUAUACAUAUAUACAUACAUGAAUUGUAUAUGUUAUAUAUAUAAAUAUAUAUAUAUAUACACAUACUCACACUAUAUAUACACAUACAGACAUAUGACUUUAAAUAGUCAUUGGCACAAUAUAAUGAAUUACUGGAACUCUUAUCCAGUUUUUAAAUUACCUUCUUUACUGUAAUAUUUUUGUGUCAGUGUUUUCUGUACAUUAAUAUUUGUGAAUUUACAGCUCACAGAGUGAUAGUUGUUGUUAGCUCUUGCUCUCCCUGAAUUAGUAUAAAUAACUUACUACUGCCACAGUUGAUCUGGGUGCAGCGGAAUCUCUUGUGCACAGAGCUUCCAUGGUCACUGCUAAGCAGUAGUCAACCCUCUGGCAUUAACUGAUCAUCUACUAUGUUCUGAGCACACACUCUUAGAAACUAAGCUAUAUUAAUCUUAGUGCUCAACUACUGGAGAGAUAAAUCUCUAUUUGGACUGUUAAGUAAUACAGGAAAAGAAAAUAAAAAGACCUAUAAAUGAGGCUGGGUAUCCUAUGAAAAAUGAGAAUUCAUAAUUUAAGGAGAUCCUUAUCUUAGUAGUAUGAAUGUUGAUAAGCAAUUCUAAAACUAUCUACUACAUUUGUGUCCUCCUGAGGUAUUAAAGUCUAUUUAAUAAAUCAUUUUUCUACAGAGGAGUUAAUGAUUAUUUUAAAUUUAAAAAAACCUUCAUGAAUCAUUGACCAUAAACCUAUGGUAUGGGGUCACUCUUGGAUCUAACUUUUUUAGCCUUAUUUAUGCUCCUCUAUUAGAAACCACAAUUACUCCUCUUAUUAACCCUUCACUCACAAGACCAGAGGAGAGCUGGCUUCAGAUAAGAUUUGAAUAUCAAUUCUAGGAUGAAUUUUAGGUAAAUGAAGGACAGCCCCAUUACCAAGGGGCUGUUCUCUUGCCAAUGCUGCAUUCUUUUUGCACUUUUGGAUUUUAUAUUUACCCCAAAUGCUGUUUGGUACCCCUAGAAACUUCUUCAUACUUCUUGUCCUAUUUAUAUUCCUGUAUUUGGUACUGAAAUUUUCCAAAUGCUAAAAUCUAAAGCAACUCAAAUCUAAAUGAUAUGUCUCAUCUUAAGAUAAUUUUCUUUCAAGAUUUUUUGUUUUAUGUCCCAGAAGAUACCCAAUACAGAUUAUCUGAGGGAGAUGGAGAAACAUAAUUUGGAGAACAAGAAGAAAUCGCUCUCUAAUGUUAAAAAUAAAAGUAUCUAAUGUUAAAAAGAAAAACCUUAAUGGUUUUAGAUAUACAAUAUAAAGAUCUUCUGCACCCAAGUUAACAAAAAAACAUGAUAUAUAGAGUGUCUAAUUACACAGUCAUAUAAAAUUAUUUAAUAUUUUUCUGCAUUGUAAUUUAGAUGAUUCCCUAGGAGUCUAAUAAACAAGGACUUCAUUGUAUUGGGGAACAAAAGCAUUACUCCAGUUGUUAAUUAUCUAUUUUCUUUCCAUAGGUUUUCAUAUAUUAAGGUUAUCUUUUUUAUUUUAUUCAUAAACUUUUGUAUUUUCCAUUUUCCAAUGAUUUGUAAAUUUGUUUAUUUUAAAAAUAAACCAUUUAUUUUAAGCUUUGAA